AUGCAGCCGUGCCUGCUCCCGCUCCUGCUCCUGCUGGCCUUCUUCCUGUCCUCUGGGGCAGAGGCAGGGGAGAUCAUCGGGGGACAUGAGGCCGAACCCCACUCCCGCCCCUACAUGGCCUUUCUUCAGAUACAGGAUCAGGAGACUUGGAAGAGGUGCGGCAGUUUUCUGAUACGAGAAAACUUCGCGCUGACAGCCGCUCACUGUAGGGGAAGCUCCAUAAAUAUCACCCUGGGAGCCCACAACAUCCAGAGGUGGGAGGAGACCCAGCAGGUCAUCCCUGUGAGAAGAUCCAUUCCUCACCCAGACUAUAAUCCUAACACAUUCACCAAUAACAUCAUGCUGCUGCAGGGAGACUCUGGGGGCCCUCUUGUGUGCAAUGACAUUGCCCAGGGCAUUGUCUCCUACGAAAAGAAGUAUGGGAAGCCUCCACAAGCCUACACCAAGGUCGUGAGUUUCCUGUUCUGGAUACAGAGAACCAUGAGAAGCCUCCAAAUGCAGGAAGCAGACUAA